UCUCUCUCUCUCUCCCUCUCUCUUUCUCUCUUUCUCUCUUUUUUUUUCUACGUGUAUCCGCGCGUUCCGCGACGAAGCGGCCCCGAUGCGGGUCGCCCGCGCUCGUCCCAGGGCAAAUGAUGACUUCGAUGCUGCCCAGCUUUAACCCGCCUAUCGUCAAGCGGCUGCUGGGCUGGAAGAAGGCCGAGAGCGAGGACAAAUGGAGCGAGAAGGCCGUUAAAAGUCUGGUGAAGAAGCUGAAGAAGUCGGCGGGCCUCGAGGAGCUCGAGAGGGCCAUCACUUCGCAAAAUUGCAACACCAAGUGCAUCACUAUACCAAGGCCUAGCCCGGGUGGUGUCGGGGACGGCGUUCAAGGAGUUCGCGGAAAGGGUCUCCCGCACGUGAUUUACUGCCGACUCUGGCGCUGGCCGGACCUGCAGUCGCACCACGAGCUGAGGGCGAUCGAGCACUGCGAGUACGCCUUCACCCAGAAACGCGACGAGGUCUGCGUGAAUCCUUACCAUUAUCAACGAAUACAAACGCCAGUUUUGCCGGCCAUUCUCGUGCCGCGGCACAAUCUAACCAGCGACGAGAACACCACCGUCCUCUACAACACCUCCCUCGAGGAGCUCAGCGUCAGCGUGCCGGAGAACACGAGCUUCCACGCGACCCUAAAUCACCAGCAUAAUCAACAGCAGAACAUACCGCAGUCCCCGCAACAGCAGCAACAACCAAAUAAUCCGUACCAAGGAAUGCAGAGUAUGCAGGCAACGAGUCCGGCGAGUGUCGGAAGUCUGGGAAGCGUGCAGGGCUCGCCCCAUCCCGCCCCAGGAUCCAUGGAUCCACCGGCAGAUACGCCACCGCCUGGUUACAUCAGCGAGGACGGCGACAACAUGGACCACAACGAUAACAUGUCUCUGUCACGCCUGUCGCCGAGUCCCGUGGACGCGCAGCCGGUUAUGUAUUGCGAGCCCGCGUUCUGGUGUUCAAUUAGCUACUACGAGCUAAACACGAGAGUAGGCGAAACGUUUCACGCGUCGCAGCCGAGUAUAACGGUGGACGGCUUCACCGACCCGAGCAACUCGGAGCGCUUCUGCCUCGGCCUGCUGUCCAACGUGAACCGGAACACGGUGGUCGAGCAGACCAGGCGACACAUCGGCAAAGGCGUCAGGCUCUACUACAUCGGCGGCGAGGUCUUCGCCGAGUGUUUAUCCGACUCGAGUAUCUUUGUACAGAGCCCUAAUUGCAAUCAACGUUACGGCUGGCACCCGGCCACCGUUUGCAAAAUACCGCCAGGAUGUAACUUGAAGAUCUUCAACAACCAGGAAUUCGCGGCGUUGCUGUCGCAAUCGGUGUCGCAGGGCUUCGAGGCAGUGUACCAGCUGACGCGUAUGUGCACGAUCCGGAUGAGCUUCGUGAAGGGCUGGGGCGCGGAAUAUCGCCGGCAGACGGUCACCUCGACUCCUUGUUGGAUCGAGUUGCAUUUAAACGGGCCGCUCCAGUGGCUCGACAGGGUACUCACGCAGAUGGGCUCGCCUCGUCUACCCUGUUCCUCGAUGUCCUAAGUGUUUUGCAUCCUCCUCGUACGUUUUGGAUGGAAGAACACAUUUCCUCGAACGAUCACUGCACACAGUGAGACGCAGGAGAAGAAAAAAAGAGGCAUACGAAGAAGCUGCUAGCAAGGCUUAGCAGCAGUUUGGGGAAAAAGAAACAGUUCGGGCACAACGGAUAUAUCGAGUUUUCCGCGUCGUAGCAGUGGCUUUCUCUCAAAUGUCGUGCAAUUGAGCAACAACGGGGACGACCACGGCGUAAACGCGCGAGCAAAAGAGUGCGAUUGAAGAGCGACGAGUCGCUUGCGCGCGACAGUAUAAAUAUCAUAGUAAAUAUAAUAAAGCUUGUGUUUUACCACACAUAUACACGUACACAACGCGCGCGAACACAGACACACACACACACACACACACACACACGGUUUGUUGUGAUGAGAAGAGAGGAAAUACGGAGACACGCGGAGGACGCGAAGAGAUGCCUCGACUCAUUUAUAUCGCGGGCAUCGUGUACCGCAAUUGGCGUACAAGAUAUAUCCAGGGUGAUCAUAAUCCGAGUUUAGUCGAUUCGUGUAUAAGUAAUAAAAAAACGAGAGUGAUAUUUAUAUAUAUAAAUAUAUGUAUAUAUGUACCGCGCGCUAAUACAGAGCUCAGUCUUUUA